ACAGGAAGGAAGGAAGGAAGAAAGGAAGUACGACAGGAAGGAAAGGAGGGAGUGAAGGAAGACGAUCAUGAAUGAAAAGAUGCUGGGAACGAAGCAAGUUUGAGGGGAAAGAAGGCAGGGAGGUAAGAAGGACUGAAGGUAGAUUAUGAAGGAAAGAUGCCAGGAAAAAAAGCAGGCCUGUGGGGAAGGAAGGCAGGGGUUUAUGAAGGAAAGUUGGGUGGGAAGGUCAGGAAAAGAUGCUAGAACAAAGCUGGUCUGAGGGAAGGAUGGCGGUCAAAAGGAAAAUGUGAUACAGUGACAUAGAAACAUUUUAAAGCGUACAACCAACUUUUGGCCCACCGUGUAUUGAAUUUAUCCAGUAUUUGGUGACGUUUCAAGACUUCCGUAACUCUUAUCGUCGCCAUUUUGUUGCCUCGUUUAAUUAGUGGCGCGAAGACAACAGCCAGCACCGACCAUAUACGUCACUGGCCACGUGACCCGGAAAACGUGCUCUUUAAUUCUUGGUCUGGCAUAGAGCGCAGCUGCUCGGGACGAAGCUGCCACUACCAUCCUCACCGUCAUCAUCCUCAAGUCCUCCUCCUCCUCCUCCUUCUUUUUUGCGGCGCUUUACACCCCGGCGGAGCUUCACCAUGUCCGAUGAAGCCUUCGUGACGCUGGCCACCAACGACUGCUACGCCAAGGGGGCCAUGGUCCUGGGCUGCUCGUUACGAGACCACCAUGCCACCAGGAAUCUUGUCGCCCUCAUUGGACCUCAUGUUACGGAGUCCUGCAGGCAGGCGCUGCGCUCCAUCUUUGACGAGGUGCGGCUGGUGGACGUCAUGGACUCCGGCGACGCUGCCCACUUGGCCCUGAUGCAGCGUCCCGACUUGGGUGUGACCUUCACCAAGCUGCACUGCUGGACACUGACUCACUACGACAAGUGUGUGUUCAUGGACGCCGACACCAUGGCACUCUCCAACAUCGACGAGCUCUUUGAGCGGGAGGAACUUUCGGCUGCGCCAGAUCCUGGUUGGCCAGACUGCUUCAACUCAGGGGUGUUUGUUUUCCGGCCGUCUAUCGAGACGCACGAGAAGCUGCUGACUUUCUGCGCUGACAACGGAAGCUUUGACGGAGGCGAUCAGGGCGUCCUCAACAGUUUCUUCAACACGUGGGCAACAGCCGACAUAUCCAAGCACCUCCCCUUUGUCUACAACCUCAGCAGCAUCGCCAUCUACUCUUAUCUGCCUGCUUUUAAACACUACGGCCGUGACGCCAAGGUAGUCCACUUCCUGGGCAAGACCAAACCGUGGUGCUACGCCUACGACGCCCAGAGUGGUGAGGUGGCUUGCCACCCCGAGGGCCCCGACAGCGGCCGGCUGCACCCUGACUAUCUGCAGUCUUGGUGGCGGCUGUUUGCCACGUCGGUGAUGCCUCUGCUGCAGCGGGCCGAUGGUGACGCCCCCUUCAACAGUGGCGUCAUGCAAUUGGGCAAUGAUGAUAAGCUUCACCAGUACGAGUGUGGGGAUCAGACCGCAGCCGCCACGUCCACUGCCGGCUCGGCAGGUGUCACCAACCCCCCGCCCAUCUCCUCAGAGGAGCGAAAGCAGCGCUGGGAGGCGGGCCAGAUCGACUAUUUGGGCGACGACUCCUUUGCCAACAUUGAGCGCAAGUUGGAUUCCUUCCUCAAGUAGGAAGUAGGGCUGUGACUGACAGAGGAGAGCACGGGGACCUGUAAAGAAAUGAACCCCCCCACCCACCUUCACCCCUGGCCCCCCCUCUACCAGCCAAUCACAGAAGAGUAAUUUAGAAGAUUGGCAUCUUCCAGCCUCACUAAUUGCACCUUCUCUGUGUGUGUGAGUGACAGUAUGUGAGAGAGCGCAUUUCUUAAAAUGGAAAAAUAAACAUUGUGGGUGGUUUA